AUGGAUACCAAUACCCAGCAGAAUUCGCUUGCAGACGUUUGCUCACAUCCCGAAGCAGCGCGAGACAUCGAGUCUCGAGAUUCAACUGCACCAGAAAUCAUAGUUGAGAGAACUUCUCCAGCGCGAUCAGAGGGAACUCCAAAUUAUCAUGGAACGCAUUCCGUCAUCGAGCACCAACCAGCGAAUAUCACGAGCAUCCAUACCCCGAGUGAAAGCGACGAGGAACCCUCAGCCACGAAUGUUCGGAAAGAAUUGAAGGACUCUCUGGCGAAGGUUCAAUUAGAAAUGAUCCGGCUCAAUCCAACAUUAUUUCAAAAGGAAGACAAGAGCACGAAAAGUCUUCAAGCACAACUGGCCAGAUUGUCCGCCGCAAUCAGAGCGGUGGAUACUGUUAAACAAGAUACCACUGAAGAACUGAAGCGCCAACAUAAGCAGGACUUGGAAGCAAAAGUUUCUACAUUGGAGAAGGAGUUAGAAGGAAAACGAAAGAACGCCAAGGCCUUAGCAGAGAAGCACAGAGCAGAUACUCUGGAUUUGGUGCAACAAGUCUUCGACGCUGGAGAAAGGAUAUUGAGUAGGGAAGAAGCCCUUUUGGAACAAGACCUGAGAUGGAUGGAAGCGUAUGAGGCGAAGGCCAGUAGAGAGUCAGAAGCCGAUAAAGAAUUAGAGCAGCGCCCAGAUUCUUCAAGUCUAUGGAUGCAGGAGCAGGCUACUAAAGAUUGCAGCGUCAUCGAGACGUAUUAA